AUGAUCCAGAAAGGAAAAACCAAAAAAAGAUUUUUAAAGCAUUGUGAGAAAUGUAAAGAAAAUAAUGGGAGAUUAAUUCAAGACGUUCAGUUGCAAAAGACACAGCAACCAUAUGCACCACAUAUUACGAAACAGAAGAUAUAUCAGUGGUUAUUAGCUCACAAUUUGCAGAAAUAUUAUAAACCGACAAGAUAUUAUAUCACUUUUGACUUUGAAACAUUAGAGACUAAAGAAGAAUUACAACUUUCUGAGUGUGCAACUUUGAACGCUUACUUAAAACCAUUCAUGGUAUCAUCAACGGUUAAAUUAAACGAUAAAACAUAUACGAGGAAUUUUUGUUUAACUUCGAGUGAUUCUUUUAUUUCUGACUGGAUUGAAUUUUUAUUUUCAACCUGUUCAUUAGUUGCUAAAUCAAAUAUGAGUCAAUACGAUGAAUUAAUGAAGCCGCAAACGGCGGGGACUUUGUCCCAUACAUUAAAUGAAAAACAGAAGGAAGCAUUUAAAGAACUUCUAGAUGAGGAAUUCAAUAAAGUGAAUAUCAUAGGUUUUAAUUCGGGAAAGUUUGAUUUAAAUUUAAUUCUUCGUGAUUUAAAUACUGCAAAAUGGAAAAUAAAAUCAAUGCUGGGUUCAUCUUCACAAUUUAAGCAAAUCAUUGUAAAGAAAACAAACGCUCCAUAUGAAUCGAGAUUUAUUGACAUCAGAAAUUAUAUAGCGGGUGGGACAUUAGACCAAUUCACUCAAGAUUUCGGAAACAAUAAAUCACGUGUUAAAUCCUUUUUCCCUUAUCAAUUUAUCACAUGGGAGAAUUCCGAAGAAGAAUUAUAUAAAGUGGAACCAUUCACGAAAGAUUCAUUUUAUUCAGCAUUAACUCAAGAAACUAUAUCAGAUAGUGAUUAUCAAAUAUAUCUCAAUGAUUAG